UAAACACGGAAUAGCUCUAGUUUAAUACCGUGCGGAUUUGUUGAAGACGAUCGUUCACAGAAUAUUAGUUCGUGGAGCAAUAUAUAAAGGUGGGAGCAGGAGGAGACACUGGUCUACGUUCUAACGUGCAGUCGUAACUGUAUCACCAACACGUCUGAGACGGUUUCGUCACUUCGCUGCUGUUGACAUCGCCGUUGGACGACGUUUAGCGCAACACAUGGCUGGGACAGGUCUCCGUCUGCCGAGCCGGCUGCUGACGCGGAGGACCAUGGUACUCCUGCUGAGCCUGGCCACGAUCGCCGUCCUGCUCAACGUGCGGCUGGACACGGUGGCUCCCGUCACGCUCAAGUCGGUCCUCCGGCUGGCGGGCGGGCGGUGCGAACUGGUCGUCACCCGGCCAGACACCGUGCCGACAGGCGCGGCCUUCCCCGUGAAGAUCCAGAUCACCGGCGGGAGCAUCCGCUCAAUCCCCCGGGCGGAGGCCUCUGUAACGGUCGGCGGUGACUCCCCGGGUAGGACCGUGACUUUAUACUACGGCGUCGGCACGACGAGCCUCUCCCUCCCGAGGGCCGGCGCGUGGGACGUCCUGGUGUCGGUCAGCGGACGGGUCGCGCACUCAGCCGGCGGCAGGGUCGCGGAGGAGACGUGUUCUGAACAGUUCUCCAUCCAGGCAGUCGACUUAGACGACCCGGCCGUCGAGACUAGGAGGAUCGAACGCGGAACGCUGAGCAACACCGGCCUGCAGUGGACGAAAGGCUUCGUGGUGGUCGAGGGCGCAGUGACGGUGCCUACCGGCGGCCUACUGGUGGUCAACCCGGGCGUCUUCGUGCUUAUGAAGCCCGACGCGCGGAUCGAAGUUCUCGGCGAGGCAAAGCUGGGCACGAAAGAGGGAGAACCGAUCGUCUUCGCCGGUUAUCCGGCUCACAGCGGCGGCGAGACGAGGCCGUGGAGCCAGCUGCUGUUCGGCAGGGGCGCGAGGGGGUCGCUGCAUAACGCGUGGUUCCUGCAAGGCGGCGCGAGCGCACACUCCAACUUCGGUAACCUGGACACGCGGAGGGUGAUACACGGAGAGGAAGGUUCGGACAUCGCCUUCGUGGGAGGAGGGAUCAUCGACAGCGUAGGCGGCGCCAUCGGUGGGGAGCGCUGCAGACUCCAGGUACACCAUGCAGUGAUAGCCAGGUGUAACGGGGGAGGUUCUGUACAGGAGGCGGCAGUGACGCUACAGAACGUCCACGUGACCGAAAUCGGACAGGAGCAAACAGGCUCGUCAGACUUCGCCGUGGACGGGUUCACCUUCUACUCCCCACGUAUCACUCCGCCGGACGGAGAGGUCUCCAAAAUAUCCGACAGUGUGUUUGCAGUUGGUGGAGGGUUGGGUAUUCACCACAAGGGCACCAACCUCGCCAUCGAGUCCACCAUCGUGGAGGACUUCCGGCGGGCCUGUGUCGUCACUUCCGGAAAGAAGUCUCGCGUGACCAUCAGCAGCGCCCUCUUGCGAAACUGCCGCGUCGGGCUGCAGCUGAGCUCCGGCCGGCCGAACGUCACCGUGUCCAACAGCGUCGUAGUCAACAACGAGGUUGGGAUCUGGUACGGGGACGAGAACGCCGAAACUGGCGGGGAGUUGGAGCUGGAGAACACGCUGGCCAUGGGGAACGCAGACAAGAACCUGAAGGUGUACAUCAACGGAGCGGAGAGGACGGAAGCCGACCGGGGCUCGGAAAACGUGAGGCUGAAGUGUUUCUUCGUCAACAGCGAGUCGGUGAAGAGGAAGGCUCGGUCCCAGUUCAGGUUGGUGGAGAAGAAGCAUUCCCCGUGCCUGCAGCCGAAGAUUUCUCUGAACCACUCUGACUGUCAAAUCGCGCCUGAGCUGCCGCACGGAAAGUGCCUGUGGUCGGAGUACAACCCCGAGACUCUGAGCGGCGUCAGGCUAGAGCGGCUGGACCUGUGCGACUCGUGCUGCAAGGAGACGGCCGAGCUGACCUUCGGGAGCUUCGACCACUGGCGGAUGCUGAACGUCCAGAACCGCAAGGGCGCCACCAUCCACACGGGGAAGGUGGAGACCAGGGAGGAAUGCGGAGUGUCCUUCGCAGCCGACUUGUACCAGUACACGGACAGCGACUGCCAGAAGACCAAGGUGCAACUUAAGUCGGUCUUCAGCAACAUCCUUCACUUCCAGGGCGAGAGCCACCUCCGGGAGCUCAAGGCGCACUACUUCGACAGAGUCAUGAAGACGUCACUGACUCCUCCGUCCUUCGGCAUGAUCCUGGAUUUCUCCAACAUCCUGGACAGGUGAUUUAUUGCUAGUGUUCAUAGUACAACGUUGGACUUUAUUCCAACACACAAUUACACAGGGAUCAAAUUUUCAGCGACCACUGUCGCCUUCAUCAGGAUAAUUAAUGACCAAUCACUUCACAACAUUAUUGUUGUGUAUUAAC